AUGGCGGCGGGGGGCCCCCCACCGCCGGCGUGGCCCGUGGCUCCGUCUUCUUCCUUGCCCAUUCCUUUGUCCCCCCUGUCUCACGCACUCCAUGUGCUCCCACCUCAGCGAGCCUGCCAUCUCCCCGGCUUUAAAGAAAAGAAUCCCUCUCUUUUGGGUCUGCGGAAGGGGGGACGAGGGCACGUGUUCUCUAUCAUGGAGGUCUCCUCCAUUGCAACCACAUGCGCCUUCCUGGUGGCCUUCUUUCCUGUCCUUGUCCAUCGUCCUCCUAUGCUGAGAUCGUCUUCCCCACCUCCGCCAACCCUAUUCAUAGAUUCCUCUUACAUUCUGACCUGAGCAGCGGCGAUCUACAGGAUGACCUCCGCCGCAUCCGCUGCCUGUACGCGUUCCUGGUAACUUCUCCCUCCCACCUCCAUCGGCGGCCCCAUUCUCUUCGUCUGCUCUCACCUUCUCGAGCGUCUUCUCCGAAAGGUCCAUCAGCGAGGACUCUCUCAAAAGGUACGUCUUGUACGCCAGCGAGAGCUGCAUCCAGGAGCUGCUGUCUGCGUCAGAAUCCGGCAGGGUCGGAGGGAACGAUGGCUGGAAGGUUCUCACCCUCGACGAUGGCGUCGAGAUAUCCAGGCGGCGGGCCGGCUCACUCCAUGUUUUCCGGAGCCGGUGGCUGCUCCAGUCCGUCUCCCCUCGCCAGUUCAUGACAGUCGCCAACGCGAUUGACGCCGCCAAGGUGGGACUGUUGGAUCAAUAAUCUUUCUUCUGAUCUUCCCGAAAGUCCUUGAUAUGAUCGUAUGAUUUCCGAUCGAUUAUCGAUCAAAUCAAGGCCGAGACUGAGAAUCGUCCCCUAUUCAUGGGAUCUGUCUGAUCUCUGAAGCAAUGGGACCCCAACCUCGUGGAAACGGAGUACAUCAGAGAUAUCGGCGACAACCUCAGCAUCAUUCGCCUGAGGUUCGGCGACGCUUCCAAGCCUCUCUUCAGGAACAGGGAGUUCAUCGUCUACGAGCGGCGGGAGACGAUGGACGACGGCACCCUUGUAAGGACGGCGGCCGUUGAAACUCCCCAUAAACUGGAUUCGCUAGGGUUUAUUAGAUCUAACGCUGUUCCCACUGCUCCAGGUGGUCGCAGUGGCUUCACUACCGAAGGAGAUCGCUGCGGGAUUACAGCCCGAGAAGAAUAACUCCAUCCGAGGUCUGCUUCUGCAAUCAGGGUGGGUUGUGGAAAAGACGGAGGACGACUCAUGCAUGGUGACCUACGUUGUUCAGGUAAUCCACCGCCGGAAGAGCCCGGCUCCUCGAAAUCAUUCGAGCAGUUGCUGAGAUCUUACCCUGCUAUAGAUGAAGCAAUGAGGUAUUCUUGUUCUUGUUCUUGUUCUUUUACAGCUGGAUCCAGCGGGAUGGCUGCCCAGGUGCUUCGUUAACCGUCUGAACACGAAGCUGGUGAUGAUCAUUGAAAAUCUUAAGAAAGUGGCGGAAGCUUGCCCGAUCAACGGGGCCAUAUGA